AUGACAUUGUAUGGAAUAGUUGUCGAUUCCAACGAUUCACUCUAUAUAUCUGACGGAUCAUACCACCGCGUUGUCAAGUGGGAAAAAAAUUCAACGAACGGUACACUAAUUGCUGGUGUCACUGGAGAAUAUGGUGACGACAGCACUCAUCUCGAUUUUCCACAUGGAAUCUACGUAGAUUUCGAUUAUGAUGCUCUUUAUGUUGCGGAUAUAAAUAAUAAUCGUAUUCAACGAUUUCAUCCAAUUGGAAAUCUUACAGGUGAAACAGUUGCGGGAGGGAA